AGGAGAUUCAGUUUUAGAGGUGUGUGGAGGCUGUCACCACUUACCUUAGAAUAUUCGAAUUAGUUACCAGGGGCUGGUUCUCUCCUCAGGUUAGUUCGAGAUGGCAGACCAGAGGCAACGCUCGCUCUCCACCUCUGGAGAGUCAUUAUACCACGUGCUAGGCCUGGACAAGAACGCCACUUCCGAUGAUAUCAAAAAGUCAUACAGGAAACUUGCAUUGAAAUAUCAUCCUGAUAAAAACCCCGAUAAUCCAGAAGCGGCAGAAAAAUUUAAAGAGAUCAAUAAUGCACAUGCAAUAUUGACCGAUGCCACAAAGCGAAACAUUUAUGAUAAGUAUGGGUCCCUGGGUCUGUACGUAGCAGAACAGUUUGGGGAAGAAAAUGUGAACACGUACUUCGUGCUAUCCAGCUGGUGGGCGAAGGCUCUGUUCGUGUUCUGUGGGCUCAUCACAGGCUGCUACUGCUGCUGCUGUCUGUGCUGCUGCUGUAACUGCUGCUGCGGGAAGUGUAAACCCAAACCCCCCGAAGGGGACGAGCAGGAGUACUACGUCUCUCCAGAGGACUUGGAGGCACAGUUGCAGUCAGAUGAAAGGGAGGCCUCAGACGCACCUAUUGUGAUACAGCCAGCAUCAGCCACAGAGACGACCCAGCUCACAGCCGACUCUCACCCCAGCUACCACACUGAUGGAUUUAAUUAAGUUAAGGAAACACUAUAAUUAGAAUGGAUAACAAAAAAAAAAAAAAACAAAAACGAAACAAAAAAAAAAUUACAUGGCCAACUCAACACUAGAAUCAUGAACAUUAGAAGUAGAGAAUGGGGAGGGGGAAUAAUUCUGCUACAGUAAGAAGGCAGCUUUCCAACCUGCCGAAAGUAUUUUGUAAUCCCUUCGGCCUUUUGUCACCUUUCAGUGUCGUAUCUUGAUGAUACGUGAAGUGCUGUAGCAUGCAGUAUUUAAAGCAGUUUAGCUACGGUCUUAUUUGUUUCCUUUUUAUUUUUUCCUGGUUUUUUUUUUUUUUGGUUUUUUUUUUAUAGCAUGUAUGGAGUUAUGUUAAAUGUCUGUGGUGUAACGUAUUGAGUUGUCACAAUAUAAGUGUGAUGGAGACAUUCUGCAUUUUAAGCAGUGGUACUGGCCUAAAAAUGAGAUUUCUAAAAAAGAAAAAGUUUCACAGAAGCCACUAUUCUUCCGUACAGCUGAGCUGUUGAAGACCUUUAAAAGUUCACGAUUUUCAUUGGAGUGCAACAAAUCAAUUCCUUUAUUCCUCUUCCUAUUUCUGUCUCGUUACCUAAGCAAGUUUACAAAGCCAAGAACCAAAAAAUGCCAGUCCUGCAGAGCUGGAAUUCUCUAUAAUGCUGAUUUUCAGCUUAAAUAAAUCUACCUUGAAAAAUAAGAAAGGAGAGUUUCCAGUCUUUGAGCAGUAAAUUGAUGAACAGCUCUUUACGUGUGAGGCGAUCCUUGCUGAUGAUGUAACUGCAAACUGUAGUUUUGUCACAAAAAACAGCUGUGAAUGGGCUUAUUUGGUGGUGAUGGGGGGAGGGGGGGGUUUAACAUCAAGCACAAUUCUGCUUUGGUUCGAGUUCACUCAUUUUCCUGAAAUGCUAAAGACCAAAUAGUGCGGCUUUUUUUGAACGCAUGAGAAUCUUAAAGUGAAGCUGGUGAAUUGGUUUUCACUGAGCAAGGGAGUAAAAUGCAGACAGUAGGCAACAGCAGAAGUGUUUAAAAAAAAAAAAUGGGUUUUAAAGAAUUUGUUCUAAUAAUUUGAGAUUUUAAUGGCCAAAUGGGGUAUUAUGUGUCUUUUUUAAAAGCUUUUAUAAUGCACUGUCCCUUUAAUUUUCUCAUGAACGUCUUUGUGGAGUACUUAAAAGGAUUUGUAAGAACAGAACACCUUUCUUUGUGUUUAUAUUGUAUGAUUUGCACAUUGUCUUGCAUUUAGACUUGUUUACAGCAGUGUUUUUCUUUUCCUCGGAACAACUAUGGGAAUACCAUUGAAAGGUUUCCUGUACUGUUCUGAAACCAAAUCAUGUUGGAAUACUGCUCUAGAAACUGUGGUUUAUUGCCAUUUAACUGUUAAAAACAAGCAUUUUAGGCAGCUGCUGAAUCGCUGGUCUGUUUUGUUGUUUGUAAUCUUGCUUUAGAUGAUACAGAAUCAGGAUUUAGAACAGUUCCCAGAGAACCUACACUCGGCACUUUCAGUGUUUAAUUUACUCUUUAACUUGGAUCUUUAUGGUUUUAUAUCACACUGCCUCUGCUCUCCUUUGUAUCCCCCAUCUCCCCCUUCCAUUUUUCAGCUUUUUCUGUGGAGAGGUUAUUUCCAGCCUUCUACCCCACUGGAAGGUUGGCUCUGAAGGUCUGUUCCAAGAUCCCGGUGUGACUUUUGAACACUUAAGAAAACUGUCAGAAAAUGAAGGGGGCUCUCCUGCCAGAGAAUCGUUCUGAAUGUCUUUUCCCGCUACCUUUACGUGGGCUGAAAAUGAUGGAGCACAUAAAAAUCUGACAUGAGACCCUGUUAGAGGUGCUGGGUAGAAGAAAAUGUCCUCAACAAUGGUCUUGAUGCUGAGUGAGGGGUGUUGGCAAAAUCCAAUUUCUCCAGUUGUUGCCUGCAUGUGAGAUUGUUGCAAAUCAGCAUGUUUGUGGUACCACAUCGGGUCCCCAGAAUCCCAAAAGACAUGUUGUUUUUAGUUAACAGGCUAGAUUUUGGCAGUGCACUUGAUAAGUCAUUUCUUUCUCAUCCAUAGGCCUUUUAGACCUGGAACUUGGCGGUUUUACUUUCGUCUGGAAAGCUCUCUUGGGUGGCCCUGAGGACAGUUGUGUCUGUUUUGGCUUGAGGUCCUUAUUUAAUUAAAGUCAGUUUGACCCCUUGAAAUAUAAGCAGUUUUUAGGCUUAAAAGAGUAGUGUCACAUCAGCUGUCCUUGUAGAUUUUUGCCUGAUCUUGACCUUGAAUUGCACCCUGGACCAUGCUUGGAUAUCUGCAGGCUUUGUCUCCUAAACCCUCACUGGUUAAAAUUGAUCUGUGCAGAUUAUGUUUUUGAUUAAAAAAAAAAAAACAAAACCACAA